CCGGACAGUUGUUUGCGUAGCUCCGUUGGUCCCAUCUUGGCUACAUUGUAAUCAGAGCGGAGAGGAAAGAGAACUCGUCCAUAUUACAGCUGCUGUUUCAGCGGUUUCUGUGGUGAUGGACCCUCCCGGCGGCCGAGACGAGCGUCAUCGUCAAGCGGAGCGGCUUCGGCGGGAGGAGGCAUACUACCACUUCAUCAAUGAACUGAGUGAGGAGGAAUACAGACUAAUGAGAGACAGCAAUCUAUUGGGAACACCUGGUGAAGUCACAGCAGAGGAGCUGAGACAGCGUCUGGAUGGUGCAAAGGAACGAGUAUCAUCUCAGCCACGCCCCGAAACCCGCCCACAAAGCAGUGAGGCAGAGGGCAGUAGUGGUGCAGUUGAGCCAGGUGCAGAGACGUCUAAUGGAGACUCCCUGUUGGAAUGGUUAAACACUUUCCGGCGCACAGGAAAUGCUACGCGUAGCGGCCAGAGCGGCAACCAAACAUGGCGUGCCGUCAGCCGCACCAACCCCAACAGCGGCGAGUUCCGCUUCAGUCUUGAGAUCAACAUCAACCACGAGCAACCUGAGCCUGGAGAACACAGCGACACCCCUGACCCGACUGAACUUCCAAUGCCUCCUCCUCCUCCUCCCCCAGUGUCAUCAUCUGCCUCUUCACCCACGACCCCUUACAACCCUUCAAGGUCUGCACCUUACUCCCUUCCACACCCCACGCCGUAUUCUACGGCCAGGCCCACCCUGGGAAGGAGGGCCGCGGUGCGCCGCACUCGCAGUAGCACGGCUCCGCCUGUAACGCCGCCUCUGACCUCACAGGCUCCUCCCACACCUCUGCGGAGGAACUUGCCUUCUUUGCCAAGCUCUCCUCCUCCACAGGCACCACUCGCUUUUCAAUCACAAGAGCAGGAUGGUGGUGCCGUAAGGAGUCAAAUACAGGUCACAACCUCCUCAGUAAACGCAGGGGAGGGGCAGAAUGGAAAUGAAGGUCUGGACUGCCCCACCGCUCUGCCUCAGUCCGGCCCCCAGGUGGCGCUAGCCACCCGCGAGCCACGAAACAGCAGGACUCGUUCACGUGGUCGCGUGCGGCGGGCAGCAGGAGCAGGCGGGGUUUUGUCUCGCUCUUCGAGACGUAGCCGCUCCCCCCUGGACCGAAACCCCACCUCCAGUGUAAGCCCCACCCAUAGCGGCAGCGCCGCCCCAGUGGAGUCCACCGGAAGUACAGCAGUUGCAAUGGAGAUGGGUGAGGCUGCUGUAGAGCCAGCAGCUCCUACGGAUCCUCCAGAGGCUGGUGAGGAAGAGGGGGAGACGCCAGUGUCAGGUGCUGGAGGUGUGCGGCGCCACCCUACGAUCAUGCUAGACCUCCAGGUGCGGCGCAUCAGGCCGGGCGAGAACCGGGAUAGGGACAGCAUUGCAAGUCGCACUCGCUCUCGCGCUCGGGCUGCUGAAAACACAGUCACCUUCGAGAGCGACAGUGGCGGAUUUCGCCGCACCAUCUCACGCUCAGAGCGUGCGGGAAUCCGCACUUACGUCAGCACUAUACGCAUCCCGCUACGACGCAUUUCCGAGACAGGCCUUGGCGAGCCUAGCUCUAUGGCGCUUAGAUCUAUUCUGCGCCAGAUCAUGACUGGGUUUGGUGAGCUCAGCUCUCUUAUGGAAACGGAAGCGGAUUCAGAAACCACGACGCCCAACCAGGACUCCGCCUCUGCCGGUGGACCCCAGGCGUACCGCGUUGGUAGUGGCGAGGGCGGAGUGGCCCAUGGCGGAGUGGAAUCGGCAAGAGAAGGUUUAGUGCCGGGUGAGGAAGAAGGACAAGUGCGGGUGAGCAGGACUGGGACGGAGGGACGACCUAGCAGCAGGGACACUAAUAGCUUGGUGGAAAAUGGGACGUUGCCCAUCUUAAGGCUGGCGCACUUUUUCCUUCUCAACGAAGAUGAAGACGAGGAGCACCCGAGGGGCCUCACCAAAGAACAGAUCGACAAUCUGGUCACACGCACUUACGGUCAGGUCAACCUGGAGGGCGAGCUGGGCCGCGCUUGCAGCGUCUGCAUCAACGAGUACGCUCAGGGCAACAAGCUGCGCCGCUUGCCCUGUGCCCACGAGUUCCACAUCCACUGCAUCGACCGCUGGCUAUCUGAAAACAACACCUGCCCCAUCUGCAGGCAGCCUAUUCUCUCCAGCCAUCAGGAAUGAUGUAAGCCUGUAGCUAUCAAUCAACGGACUCAACGACUGACUUUUGUUCCACCCUCGGUGGCACAUGUACAUAGUGCUUCAAUGUUUUCAUUCUCUGAGAUCCAUUGUAUUCAAGCUAAAGGUAGAACCAAAAGCAGAAAAAGACUAUAAUGCAGAGAUUUAACAAAGCUUUAUUUUUUUAGACUCCUUUCGUUUUCAUUUCUUCCUCUUCUUCCAUUCACCAUUAUGCUUUGCGGACAUAUUAACAGAUGGCGUGACUAACUCGGGCAGAGUUAGGAAUGUUAGCUUCAGCUAAAGGUGCGGUUACAUUUACUGCUAUUUGGCGAAUUUUCGUGGGCAAAAUCCUCAUUUCAAUGGGCAUCUAUGUAGGGUUGGGUGUUGUUUGAAUUUUAUCGAUUCCGAUUCCAAUUCUGCUUAUUGAUUCCUAGUUUUGAUUCCAAAAAUCUAAAACAUUUAAAUGUCAAACAUACUUAUUCUGUCUUUUUACAAAGUGUUCUGUUGCAGCUGAAUAACAUGAGCAAGCAGCUCAUUACAGAACAUCUAGGUACUUUUACGCUUCUUUUAUACCUUUUACACUUAGGAACUUUUGCCUAUGCUUUUAACAAAAACGACCACAGCAAAAACAACUAGCCUAAUAAAUUUCAAACAUUAAAUUGUUAAAGACAAGUAAACAGUCAGUAAUAAACAGGAACAAACAAAUCAAGUAAUAGUAUAUAUUAAGGAUGUAACGAUAUUAUCGAUAUUGUGCUAUCGAUAACAAAAGUCUAUAUAUUAUUGUGGUCACAUGAUGAUAUGAAACGAUAUAGUGCCACCUUAGAAUUAUAAGGUUCUAUCUGCAUUCUGAGCACUUUUGAGAUACUGAGUUUCAAAGUUUUUGCAUUCCAUAGACUUCUCUUUUUUUUCUAAAACAGUCCCAAAAUGUACACAGCUUAAAAAGUGUUGCCAGGUCCGCUGUUUUUGAGCUACUGUAACACUGUUGCCGUGGGAUGUUUUUCAUGUCUGAGGGUUUAAGCGACCCCAAAAAUGCAGGAUGCUAAAAAAAGUAUUUUACCCUGCAGAACGCAAUUAUAUGGGGGACCCCCUCUAAACGCGAUUGGGCUAGUUUUGAGUAGCAAUUGGGGGGGUUUUGUUGUGAAAACCUGGCAACCCUCGUCUUCCGGACAAAAAGUGUAGAUUUUUACAAUUUUUUGACAUAAAAGUUAUUUAAAGUUGUGUUUUGGGCCAUUAUGCUUUGGGACAGUAUCUGUCAAACAAACUAAAACCGAAAGCACAAUGUGGCUUAAUCCCUUCAUCAAGUCUCUCAUGUUUUCGCUGCGUGUUUCAGAGCAAAGCCUGCACUUCGUUCAGGCGAUCAGCUCACGAUUCAAUGUUUUCCAUGCCUCAGAAUGGCUCAGUUGUGCUUUAUUUUCGCGGCAGAUGAUUAUAGCGUUUCACUAGAUUUGUAGUGUGCUUUCCGUCAAAAUAAAAGCUUAAAAGUGCAGUAUGAAUUGCUGACAGCUAGUGGUUUAAAUGGUUAAUGUUACUACAUUAUAAAUUCAAAAUGUCUUUCAGGUGUAGAAAUAAGGAAAAAAGCAUUGUAAUUUCCCUCCUGCAGUGUAUACCUAUGAAAUAUUAUUUUUCAUUUACUUUACAGUGCAGUUGUUUUACAAUAUAUGGCUAUUACUGUCAUAGGAAUUACAAUAAUAUACAAUUAUUACUAUUUUUAUUAUUAUAUUCUAAUUUGUUUGGCUUUUAAAACACCAGUGUGAAUGUAAUUUAGACAGACAAUAUAUCACAUCUAAAAAGAAGGUUAAAUUCAGGUACAAGUCAAUUCACUUACUUUUUUUCUGACUUAAGUUCAAAUUAAGAGCUCCAACUUAUGUUCUUAACUAAGAAAUAGCACGGAAAUAGGCGGAACAGGGCGGUUCGACAACGGACACAGGCAACAGUGUGCAUAUUCCUUUCCUCCCUGCUCUUAAAUCGUUUAAAAAUCACAUUAAAAUGUGAACGCAGGAAUCGUUAAGCGGAAUCGAAGUGCACGUGUCUUAUCAAAUACCCAGUUUUUGGAAAUUUAGAACCGGUUCUCGAUACCCAACCCUAUAUCCAUGUAAUCGGGUGAACAAUUUCCAACAGAAAGCUACAUCGCUACACUAUCGACAAUAGAUAUCGGAUCUCUUUUGCCUGUGAAAUUUCACUGAAAUUUCGCUAAUGAGAUUGCACCUUGAUUCUAUCUCACGAAUUUUAAGUUUGGUGGCUUCAAAAAAUGAAUAGACCUCUUAAAACUCUUUAAGGACAUGUAAAUAAAUGAAUGUCUGUGUUUUCAGUUUUAACGGUAAGACUUAUUCUAGAAAGAACCGUACGCUGGUUCUAUUGCAUUUUCGAAAGGAACCUUUACUUUUAAGCGCUUGCAGAGAAAUCCACCAGUUUUGAAGCUCUAUGAGUCCUCCAUGUAAAUGCUCCUUAAUGUUGGGCAGUGUUCUUUUAAAUGCGUUUUCAAUCAAAGCAGGUUUUAAGUGUGAUUUCUACGGGGUCGAUAAGAAUAGUCAUGGGAUAUGAAUGAUGCAUCUGGUGGUAGAUGAAUUUGUCGCUGAAAUUUCAUGCAUCUGCAUCUUUAUACUACGGGAAACGGCAAUGAGCAACUCGGCAAACACUACAGAACUCAAUUUUUUUAAGCGUGGUCAUAAUUUCCCCUGUGGACUAAAUAUGCUUUUCCACUUUGAGUGUCAUUACAUUUCUGAUGAGAACAAGCCAUUUGCAUUUUUACAACCGUUUUGGAGUGCCGAUCGGAUUCUAUGAUGUUGUAUGAGCUAGUAAGUGCAUGCUUGAUUUGUACCUGCGUAUAAACCCCUGCACAUAGUUCACAAUGUUUUAAUAAAAAGCUGAAAUUGAUUAUCACUUGAAAGCACUUGUCAGCCCAGCCGCUGCACUGUAAGGCAGUACAUUCAAGCCUGUCAUAGGCCAGACUUCUUCCAGGGUGGUGCAAUGAUACAAGAAGGCAAUGAAAGGUUAAAUAUUGUUGUUUUCCUACGUUUCCCCUUCACGUUUAGCUAAUAUUUAGGGUUUCUCUCAUCACACGCUCCGUUCCGCACACAAACAUCCUGCCCUGCUUACAUAUUCCCUCAGUAUUUUAGUGGUUUCACAUAUGGCCUUGUCUGAAAUCCGAAUCGCCAUUUUGUACCCGUCAUGCAGUGUUGCUCGUUCCCCACGUGAGGCAGAGCGUGAAGUAGGACUUCUGAAUGAAAGAUCAUGAAUGUAGUGGUACCUUGCGUCUUUCCAAGGUACACUUUUCCUCAAUGUACAAUAGAUGUCUGCUUAUGUUUCAGGAUCUCGAUUAAAACAAAGACAGAGUCUGUUAUUAAACACCUGUCCUCGAUGUUAUUGUUUUCUUGUAUACUAAAAUAUCCCUUUAUUUUGUCUGUAUGUUGUGAGGAUGUGUGUACGUUCUGUAGGAAGUGUGAAUUGUAAGUAUGUGUGUGUGUAUAUUGCUGAAUGGAUCAGAAUGGUUUCUGAGCUGUUGUGUAUCUGCGAGUGGGGGAUCUUUGGCCAUGAAGUUUAGAUAUUUAAUGAUGAAAGAUUGACAUCAUCGAGCUAUGACUAUGUAUUAUGUUAUAAUGUGAUGCUAAAACAGAAGAAUAUGUAUUCUGUUACUAUGUAAUAAAAUAAAACACAUUGAUUUUU